GAAUGGUCAGCUCAGCAAAUUACAGAGGCAUGGGGAGCUGCAGACCGUUUGGAUUUGGUCGGUCCAAUCGUCGAACAGCCAGAGUACAACAUGUUCGCUAGGCACAAAGUUGAGUCAGAGUUUCUUCCUCUUUACACCAACCAUGGCAUAGGUCUCACUACUUGGAGCCCACUUGCAUCGGGUGUCCUCACUGGUAAAUACAACAAGGGAGCUAUUCCCUCAGACAGCAGAUUUGCUUUGGAGAACUACAAAAAUCUUGCCAAUAGAUCCCUUGUGGAUGAUGUGCUGAAGAAAGUUAGCGGUCUCAAACCGAUCGCAGAUGAGCUAGGAGUAACCUUAGCACAGCUUGCGAUUGCAUGGUGUGCGUCAAAUCCUAAUGUGUCAUCCGUUAUCACCGGUGCCACAAGGGAGUCACAGAUACAAGAAAACAUGAAAGCUGUUGAGGUUAUCCCAUUGCUGACACCUUCUGUUUUGGACAAGAUAGAGCAAGUGAUACAGAGCAAACCAAAACGUCCUGAAUCGUAUCGGUAAAACCAAAAACCCGAGAUCGCUCAUCCCUCCCUAUUCGAUCAGUUUCAGAAGAGUGUUACACCGGGGGGGAAAAAACACUCGAAGAAGCGUUGUAAUGUGUGUUGUUUGAUGUUGGCUUUGUUUGUUCUCUUUGGUAGCUUGUGCAAUUUAAAAGACUCAGAGAGAGAGAGAGAGAGAGAGAGAGAAAGAGAGAGUAAUAAUGUGAAUUUUAGUUUUGUUGUUUUAUUUUUUAUAAACGGUCUUUAUAUGGUUAGUGAAACUUAAAGUUUGGUUCUUGUA